GUCGGCAGAUGGCGGAUGCAGUGGACGCCCUCCGUCAGUCGCGCAUAGACAACUCACCGAGCGUAGUGUGCUUGCGAUUCUCUCAGCACCAUUUUGUGUACAUCUUUUCGAACGGGACAUUGUGUGUAUGUGCUCCGUGAAUAAUCGUGAACCACGACUAUCAGUUUUGAACAGUGUUCAGUGUUUCACUUUCGACAUGCCCGUCGAGGGAUCGAUGCGAUAUCUCGGGCGCCCGUAGAAACCGCGCCUCCGUCAUGAGCGAGUGAUCGUCGACGUAAAAAAAAGUUAACACAGGAAACAUGUCUGGGCGGACCGCCGACGCGGAUGCGAGCGAAGGGUUCCAGUUCGAAAUUCGAAUGCGGUCAUGUCAUCGCCUCUCGGAUUUCUCAUAAGUCACCGUCCAAUGUCAAAAUCGUGCACGUACCGCGAGCGCCGACCCUCCGGAUCGUGCGGAAAAUGCAAUCGUUGGUAGUUUGGUGGGCGGUGGUGUCGGCCGCCUGGGCGCUGGCGGGCGCGUGCUCGAGCUCCAUCUCCAAGCGGCCGGCCAGGCCCGCGCGUCCGCAGCGCCCGCACCCGCAGCCCCAGCCGCAGCCGCGGAUGAACGUCACCUUCCCCCUCUUCAAGUGCGAGCCCGACUACUCGGAGUACUACUGCCUCAACGGCGGCGUGUGCUUCACCGUGGUCAUAUCGGACAGCCCGAUCUAUAACUGCGAAUGCCGGAGCGGGUUCGUGGGCCAGCGCUGCGAGUUCAAGGACCUGGACGACUCGUACGUGCUGACGAGUCGGCAGCUGAUGAUGGAGACAGCGUCAAUCGCGGGCGGCGCGACCGUUGCUGUGUUCCUCGCCAUUCUAGUCUGCUUCGGCGCGUGGGUGCGGCUGCACCGGCGCGGCAAGACGCCGCCCUUCUCGGAGGAGCGCGGCCAGGUUCAGCUGGUGGCCGUGGCGGCGCCGCGCGGCAUCGUCGCGCUGUGCAAGGCGCCGCCCGCCCCGCCAGACCUGCCCCACUAGCUCUUCAUUUGUGGACAAUCGCUGGACAAUGCGUCCCUUGUUUAUAUUGUAUGUCGUGUACAUAUUAUAGAUAGAUUAUGUGUUAAGUUAUGUGGAGAGAACGGAAGAUAUAAGGAGAAAUUUAUGUGAUAAUUAUUUUACGAAGUUUAUAAUUUAUUCGGAAGUAAUUUCUUUUGUAUAUGCCUCUCGGAUUUGUUCCGCAGUGGGUUUCACAUUUCAUAAAGUUAGAAAUUUCAGUCUCCUUACCCCGGUGUUCGUUUUGUGGAUUGUAAUCUGUAUUAUUCUGUUCACGUUCAGUGUGUAUCGGAUGUGUGAGAUCGAACAACGACCAUGUACCUAAUGCUACUCGCUUCAAGUAGAGCUGUUAUAUGUUAUAUUGUUGUUUGCACUGUAUCUGCUGAUACAAAAGGUUGAGAUGCUGCUCUGCACCAGACAGAUCAGUUCCUAGUCUGACUCUUUUGAUAAUCAAAACAGUACAUACAGGAAUGGGUCCGUCUGGUGCAGAGAGAGGCGUGUGCUGCUGCACAUGCCCCAUGUUAUUGUUUGUUGAGAUAGCGGACAGUCCCAGUGACGUGCGCAGGGCUCCGCUGGCGCCCUCGCACGCUACGACGCUAUACUUAGAUAAUUGUCAAUCAAUGUUAAUUGUAUUUAUUAAUAUUCCAUUCUAUACAAAUAGAAUUUGUGAUGAAUUUAUUGUAGGCUUGUGCGAGGCAGCGAGUAGCGCAGUUGGUUCCUAUUGCCGUUCCGGGCCGAGGGCCCGCACAUUCCAUCUCGCGGAUAGAGUAUUUUACUGGUGUCAGUAUUAUUUUGUAAUACGAGUCUUAAGCCGGCAGCUUUAUUUUUUAAUUUAUACCUGUUAUCCCGCUGGGAUAGUGCUGUAUUAUAUUUGUUUAAAGGCUGAGUAUGUGCCGUCGAUGAGGAAGGCUUUUUUUGUAAAUAUAGCCCGUGUAGGUAUUUAUUAGAUAUUUAUGAUCGUUUAUUUAUUGACUGCUUUAUUUAGUUAAUCUCGAUGAUCAGUGCAUCCAAGGCGCCUAACUAAGCGGUUAACGGUUGUAUUUUCAUUUCACCCUGCUAAGCAUGGCCUCGCGUAAUGUAUAUUCAAUUGUAAUCUCAUUAUGAAUCUCCAUUAUGUCUAGUUUUUGUAAAAAUUGAAACAACAUUGGAUGGUGUAUAAAAUGUAGUCUCCUGGCCAGUGCCGGCCGCCGCGCGUGUGUCGCUGUGCUGUUGAUUGUCCGUAGUCCUAUUCGAUAAUUAUGUUGUUCAUCAUUCACGCCACUAGAGUUAAUGUUUCCUUAACUAAGUCCUCAACAUAGUCGCUACGUUGAAGAUCAUUGAUGUAUUAAAUCUCUACACAAUUGUAUGACAAUCAAAGGUACAGCACACGUAUAAGUCUGUAUGUUGCUCUCUGUCUUGUUAACUAUUUAUGUCGCGCGAGGGCAGGCACUGCAAGGUUACAAAAAAAAAUAGCAAAUUUGUUAAUAGGCUGUGAGAUCACAGAGCCGCGGCAGGGCGCGGCGGCUGGACGCUUGUUUUACCCUAGACCCGCGUACCAUUUCUAUGGCAGUUUCAUGUGUUUGACGUAUGUUGUGUUUCGUCCAGCCGCCACGCUCUGCCCCGCAAAAAGUAAUAAAUUGUACCGCCUCCGUGGAGCUGGUGCGGUCUCAGUAACGGUGGAGUGAAACGUGGAGUCCCAUGUACAUUGAUUCAUAUGAGAUGUUUAUAUGAACAUUCCAAAGUAUUUGUAAAAUAUUACCUACAACACUAAUAAUUUCGAAGUAUCUGUUAAGACGCUACUUGUUAAUUAUACAAUUUUCUAUUGAUCAUUUGUUAAAGAAAAUUAUAUGAAACUAAAUCCUUAA